GGCCGGGCGGGGAGGGGAGGGGAGAUGGAGCCUGCGGCCGGGCCCCCCCUUCCCGGCCGCUACCCUCAGCGCCUGCCGGCCGCUGCGGGGCUGACCUGAGGCCGCCUGCCCCGACGCGGUCGCGCAGGGCUCUCCCCGUCCUGACCGAGCCGAGCCAAGCCGGGGCUCCCGGGGAAGCCCCGCGCCGCCUCCCGGGCACAAGAAGGCGCCGCUGCCGGCGGGCUGAGGGAGUUUCUGCAAUGGAGAAGAGGGAAGGCGACAGUCAUACCAUUGAUCAGAAUGCAGGCCAGAGCAUCGUGCCGAGGAGAAACAGAGGAAACCUUAGCAACUUGAAUGUGGAUAUGCAAGCUACCAAUCCACCAGAAGUAGCUGCACUUUUUAAUUUACAUCAAGCACACCAUUUUGGUGAGUUUGAACACUCUUCAGAACAGCACUGCAAGCAGGAUCUGUUUCCCAAGUGGCACUUACCAAUGAAGAUAGCAUCUGCGAUCUCAUUAUUAACAUUUAUUUACACUUCUCUAAGAGAUGUCAUAUAUCCUUUUGUAACAAGAAAUGAAAAUGUUUUCUAUAAAAUUCCAGUCCUUGUCAUAAACAAAGUUUUACCGGUGGUUUCAAUUACCCUGUUAGCACUGGUAUAUUUACCAGGAAUAUUAGCGUCUGGUUUCCAGCUGUACUUUGGCACUAAGUAUAAAAGGUUUCCCCAGUGGCUGGAUAGAUGGAUGCUGUCAAGAAAGCAAUUUGGACUUCUCAGUUUCUUCUUCGCUACAAUGCACGCCUGCUAUAGCCUAUGCUAUCCAAUGAGAAGAUCGUACAGAUACAAGCUGCUCAACUGGGCAUUCCAGCAGGUCAAACAAAAAAAAGAAAAUGCCUGGAUUGAACAUGAUGUUUGGAGAAUGGAGAUUUAUGUGUCGCUAGGAAUUCUGGGACUUGCUUUGCUGGCUUUAUUGGCAAUAACUUCAAUCCCAUCUGUCAAUCACUCUUUGACCUGGAGAGAGUUCCACUACAUUCAGAGCAAGAUGGGAUAUGUAGCUCUGCUGCUAUGCACACUUCAUGCAUUGGUAUUUGCUUGGAAUAAGUGGGUUGAUGUUAACCAAUUUAUCUGGUACACACCACCUUCAUUUAUGGUAGCAGUUUUUCUUCCUAUUGUAGUCCUGCUCUGUAAAUGCAUACUGCUCCUCCCGUGUUUCAGGAAGAGGAUAAAAAAGAUCAGAUGUGGCUGGGAAGCCAACACACAAACCAAUCAAACCAGCAUGACUUCCAGGCUGUAGAUCACAUAUGGACAUUUCCUGUCUGCUGUAUGCAAAUAUGCUCAAGUCCAGAAAACGUUCAAUUGUGAGCUCUGUUUUCAUAUUUUUCUUAGAUGUUACUUGUUUACUUUUCAUUUCAGCUGCAAAGGUAUCGGAUACUUGAUACAACCGGGACCUUUACUGAGACAGAAAUUGAAAACAUUCAUUUUACACUUUAAUCUAUUUGGUGUUCUGGUAUUUGAUCAUUUCUUUCUUCUGACUCAUUGCUCUUAAAACGCCAGUACUUCAUCACCUCUAUCGUAAUUCUUUCUUUGGCAAAAGCAAUCAUAAAUCAUCGGUCCAGAUGACCACAGAAAGUAAAUAAAUCAUUACACCGCAGAAUCCAGGAAUGCUUUCUGCAUCCCACAGACAUGUUUGUUCCCUGGUUAAAUCUCAGUGUUAUAAAGGGAAAACAAUUUGAAUAUUUAUUAUCCUGUCCCCCCUUAUCCCCAGCAUCCUACAUUUCUGCAGAAUGGAGACCUUAGCACAGAAGCCACACAAAAAGUUUGUUGCAUUCCUACCACAUAUUGAAUUUAGACAAUCAGGCAAGCAGAAUUCCAGGGAACUUUGCAAGGCAAAUCUCUCCUGAGGCUUAGGUAAAGUCUAAAAUAAGAUGUUUUAGUCUCAGAUCUACAUCUUAUACAGGACUAGGUGUGUCUGUUUAUUUAGAACCAAAAAACAUUUUCCUUUUUUUUUUUUUUCCAUGAACACAUUCUUUUGUUUCUGAUGCUGGAAAUUUUCCAUGCCUUUGACCCAAGCCUGCUGCCGCUGACAUGUGCUAAUCUUUAUUAACACAAAUUAUUCCAGUGGGAUAGCUCACACGUCAGGUAAAUGUGUUUCACUGUUUACUCUAGGCCAGCACAAUUGUGUGACUGGAAGAAAAACAUCAAAAAUAGGCAUUUGAAACUUGGCAUUGAUUUGGUGAGAUUUUCAUGUAAAAUCCAUUCUGAAUACAUUUGCUUUUAGUAAAAUUUUAGUAUAAGCUGAUGAAACUUCACUUUCUUUCUGUUACAUAGGCCUGUCUGAAUGUUUUAAAUGCGUAAUUCACUUAUUAGCAUCUAUUUUUAAAUAUGUUAUGCAGUAGUUAAUAUAUUCACAUCACUGCCAGUUUCCCUGCGUGAGCUGACUAGGACAUGGACUGAUGGUGCCAGCUAUUGCUGGGAUCACCCAAAUGAGAAUUGUAACUGGUAAUGGCUCUGUUAUUAAACAAACAGGAAAACAAUGGUUACAUAAAAAUAUAUGUAACACAUGGUGCUAAUGGUUCUGCAGCUAAUAAUCCUGUUGUACAUUUGUGGACUUGGUACACUGAGCAUAAUUAACACAUUAAAUAGCUACAGAGAU